GAGAAGUUGUAAAACAACAACUGUGUUCGCUCGCUCGCUGCUUUGCUUUUCUAUCAGAUGUAAAAUGGACGGGCGGUCGUGUUGCUGUGCGCUCGCGUAUCCCGCGUGAUCGUUUUCAUAUCGAUGUUUAUUGUUUUAAAUUUUGACGUGAAUACGAAUAUUGUUUAUGCGAUUGUUCGACUACUUCGGUGUUCGGUGCCGAAGCAGAUUGUGUAUGUGGAUGUGUUUUUCAUUUGACGUUGGCGCUCACUUCACUUGCAGUGAUUUCGCUGAUAGCUCACUCGCCGGUGGGUGCGCGUGAUAAAUAAACUACGUGUUCGGUUUUUAAAAAGGCGAAUAGUCGCCUAGUGAGGGUGUUUUGCAGUUACGAUGCUGCGUACGGUGACAUAGUGAACGUUGUACUACCCUGACCUCUGACAAUCAUGUCUGGGCGAUCGGAUUGCAGGAAAUUUGCACCAAACAUCUUCAACAAGAGCAAAUGCACUAAUUGCUUCAGACAGAAGGAGGAGCACAGUGCCGAGGCUUUGGAAUCUAAUCGGGCCAGUCGAAAGAUAUCCAAAUGUGGGUAUCUUUUCGUGGCGCCGGGCUGGGAUUUCAGCAAUCCGCUCUACAGAACAAAG